CCCAAAUGGACGUCGCCAGGACCAGGUCACAGCAGCACGCGGACGAGGAACAUAAGGCGCGCGGCGACGUCGUGGUGCGCGUAGGAGACGCGACCACGGGCACCGUCCACGCGGUGGCGCUGGCCUCAGCCAAUGUCGUGGUCGAGGAGCUACGCGAGGAACUAGAGCGACUUAGCGGCGUCCCCGCAGCCGACCAAAUUUUACUGGGCGGCCCGCCCUUCGCGCGGCUGGACCCGCGCCGCGCCGUUGAGUACUAUGGACUGCCAACAGAGGACAAGGAGGUGUUUUUGUACGACCGUCGACUGCUGUCACAAGAAGCGGCCACGCCUCCGCCCACGUCGGCAGCUUUAUCUCCAGUUUAUGUCGAGUUGCCGUCGCAGCCUGUGGCUUCAUCGGAAGGCUCGAAGAUGCUGAGUGAGAGCUCGCAUCCGAUGAUGCGCGCAUUGGUGGAGUAUGAGGGUUACUUUCAGCUACAGGUCAGCCAAAGCGAGGCUCUGGAGAGCGGUACUCGCGCCAAUAUUACUGUCAGUGAGCGUGGCGCACAGGAGUUGCAGGUCCAGGAACGCGCUAUCGCUGCAGCUGUGGCCAAUUUGGAUUUGUUUAAAACAUCGAUGAUGAAGCAUUUCGCUCCGUUCUGGGCGGAUUUCCAGGCUACGAGCGACAAACACGAACGACUGUUGAGCCAGUUCGACAGCUAUCUGGAGGCGCUGGCUACAGUGGAUCUGCACCCCACAUUGGCGACAGACGAGCGGAAGACGCUGCAUGACUGUAUCCCUGUUGAGAAGGAGCGUGAAUGGGCGUCUCAGUGUGAGCAGUCGCACACGCAUGUACGAGGACAGGUACUGAAGCUUCAACAGGUCCACGAUGAGAUCUGCAAGGAAGUCACAGACAUGCUGGAUGCACAUGGAGAAACAUGUCGAGAGUACGAGCAAGCGAGUACGGAGUUGAACGAGAUGAAAGCGCUGGGGAGCAAGCAAAUGAACAUCACAAACACCUUGCGUGGCAAUCUACAGUACGUACUCAGCAGCAUAGAGGAGACGUCGACGAUAGCUAGCGGAAGUAAUCCUAUGCAGGCGUCCACGAAUGCUCUAGACGUGUGUCGGCGUAUUGACGAGCUAUAUCAAGGACAGCAGAACAUGGUUCCUGAUGCACAGAAGCUGGUGGACGAUAUCGUGACGCAUGUGGACAGAAUUGCAGCUAACAAGUCCAAGACAUUCGCACGAGUGCAUUCCACUUUACGCCAGAUUUCGAUCUCGCAGUCAAAGAUCCGAGAUUUUGAGAACUCGCUGGCCGUUUUUCGAGAGGCAUUAGCUGCCCAGAAGAAACAUUUUUACGAGCUGGAGCAUCUUGACAAGCUACCAGAAUCGUAUGCGGCCUGCUUGAAGGAGAUAUCAAGGCGUCUUAAGUACGGCCGCAUGUUUUCGGAUCGCAUUCAGUCUAUGGCUGAGGAACUGGCGCAACUGCGUGAGGAUGAGGUUCAACACCGUGAGGAGUUUUUACGCAGCUUUGGUCAACAUUUGCCUCGCGAUUUUGUGUCGGGGCUCGCGGAGAAGCCGUCACAUUGUGAAUUCCGCAUGCGUCCAUUUGACCAAAGCCUGCCGCUAAUUGAAGACGAGGGCGAACAAGAUUUCGACCCGUACGAAGACAAGGAGCGUCCGUCUUCCGACGAGUUCGUUGAUUGCGAGGAUCAUGGUAGCUCCUCCAAAUCAGCCAACAAUAUGGAUCUUCUUCAGGAACGCUGCAAGGAACUGGAAGCUCGCGUGUCGGAGCUCACAUCAGAGUUGGAGCAGUCAAAGAAGAAUCUGUACUAUGAUGGAUCAGGCAGCGAGUCGAUUGCUCGCUCCGAUUUAUCCAAGACCAGUGCACGUGAGGGAGACAGCUCAUGCGAGUUCCCGCUGGUGAUGGCGUUAGCAGCGACGGCAGGCGGCAUGACCGGCUCCUCGGAGGCGGACGGGUCCAAUAUUCUCGACCAGGAGUUAGCUACUGUGAGGCGAAACAUCGGCUCAGGUGCCGAUAACAAGGAUGCGACUAUCGCCAAGCUGGAGAUUCAGGAGCGAUUAAAGCGCGAGAAGCAGCUCAAGGAGAAUCAGUCCCAGCUUCAAAAGACGAUUAAAGAUCUGAGUAGCAGUGUUCGAUCACAGCGAACUUCAUUGGCCAAGCUACUGAAACUUCUUCAACUCCCUGUGGAACCGCUAAAUGUUGAGGAUGAGGACAUCGGCGCGUUCGUAAACGCCAACUUCGAUGCCGUCGAAACUCGAGUGAAGGAGCUACUUGCCAGCGCUGAGUCCGAAGCGAUGCUUCAGUCAGAGCUUGAAAAGCGGCGGUCCGAACUCCACUUGAUGGAGUCUGAGCAGGAUACAAACGACUCGUUCAAAAUCUCUUUCCGGAGCUUCAGUGUUAAUGACUUGGCGCUCUUCUUACCGACGUCAGCGCCCGGAAGUGACGCGCAGCGAGUGUACCUGGCCUUCCAUCUCGGCUGCCCCCACCGUUUCCUGUCGGAAGAAUCCAUCUCCUCAUUCAGCAACGACGGCCAAAGAUACCCCGACUACGUGGUAGGCCGCAUCGUGCUGAUCGACGAGCAGACAGCGACGGAGGGCAACAACCCAUACGCUCUGCACCUUGGGACCACAUUUUACGUCCUGACGGUCGCAAGUCUUCACGAAAGUUAAAACAUUCACACACACACAGACACACAUCAUAAUCCUGCCGCAUAACGUGAAUGAAAUGUUCAGCGGUGAAGGCGAGCGUUAUCCUGUCCUUCCUGCGCUGUACAGUAUAUACACAGUAUUGUGCCUCUUCGCCUUUUAUCCUGUACUCGGACAGAAAUUCUGUAUCACUGAAAUUUUACGUUACAUUAUACAGUUUAA